AGAGUUUACGUUAAUUUAGCAGCUUUUCUUCAGCCUCUCCAGCCAAACAAAGCCCAGUUUCCAGAGAAGCCCACCUACCUGGUAGUUAGCAAAGUCAUGUGGCUGCAGCACUUAAUUAAAAGCCAAUAUAAAUUCCAGUAAGGAUGCGGGGAGGAGGACGUUGAGGCAGAGAGCGGUAGCGGCGCUCCCAGCGAGCCCGGUGGAGCAGCGACUGGCAAACCCCCUUUCCGCUCGGAGAGGUUGUCCCCCAGGACCAUGCUGAACGUGCUGCUGCUGUGCUGCGGGCUGCUGCAGGGCAUCCAGGCCAUCCUCAGUGCUGACCUCAGCCGCAGCCACCUGCAGAAAGAGAAUGGCAGGCUGGAGGGGAUCGACAGAGCUCACUACUCCAGCCUGCUACAGAAAGUCAAGGAGAUGUCUGCAGAGCCGGCGGGAGCUCUCCCCAGGUUGGGGUUUGAGCCAAUGGCCCAGGACGUCCAAGAAGCCAAUGGUGACCUUGUGCGGAGAGCCAGCACACUGGAACCACAGGCGACAUCCGCAGAACUGCAAGCCGAAGGGCGAGAAGAGCGCGCCCCCCGCCGCUGCAUCCGCCUCCUCGAGUCCUGCCUUGGCCAGCAGGUCCCCUGCUGUGACCCCUGCGCCACCUGCUACUGCCGCUUCUUCAACUCCGUUUGCUACUGCCGAAAACUCAGCACCGCUUCCUCCUGCGGCAAGAACUGACCCCCGUGCCGCGGGGCCGCCUGCUCCCUGCCCGCGCGCGCUGCCGCCUCCUCCGCAGCUCUAAUAAACCAGCCGAUAGCAAAACCUGUCAA